AACGAACACUUAAAAAAUGGAAAUAAUUGGUGGUCUCUAACCUACAUUUCCCAAUAUGUCAUCAAAUUCAUGAUCUUUGUGAUUUUCUAUGUACACAAGCGUUUACAAUGGGCAAAAAUAAGAAAAGAGAGAUUGUGAGUGCAUCUAAGGAAGAACUACAGGUGAUCACAGUAUCGGAGAUUGUAAGCGAACUUAUAAAAGCCCAUGAACAGAACAAGGAUGUUAAUCUUAACAGGGUGAAGUCAAAGAUUGCAAGUAAAUAUGGUCUUCCAAGUCAGCCAAGACUCGUGGAUAUCAUUGCAGCUGUUCCCCAACAAUAUAAAAAGGUAUUACUACCAAAACUAAAGGCAAAACCUGUGAGAACAGCCAGUGGGAUUGCUGUUGUUGCAGUCAUGUGUAAACCCCACAGAUGUCCACAUAUAGCUAUGACAGGAAAUAUCUGUGUAUACUGUCCUGGUGGUCCAGAUUCAGAUUUUGAGUACUCCACACAGUCAUAUACUGGCUAUGAGCCAACAUCAAUGAGAGCAAUCAGAGCAAGAUAUAACCCUUAUCUUCAGACGAGACAUAGAGUUGAACAGUUGAAGCAGCUUGGUCACAGUGUAGAUAAAGUGGAGUUUAUUGUGAUGGGUGGGACAUUCAUGAGUCUAUCAGAUGAUUACAGGGACUACUUUAUUAGGAAUCUUCAUGAUGCGUUAUCAGGUCAUACCAGUAGCAGUGUGGAGGAGGCAGUCAAGUACUCAGAAAGAAGUAAGACAAAAUGCAUUGGCAUUACCAUAGAAACACGACCUGACUACUGUCUCAAGAAACACACAAGUGACAUGUUGAAGUAUGGCUGUACGAGGCUGGAAAUAGGUGUCCAGAGUGUGUACGAGGAUGUUGCUCGGGACACAAACAGAGGUCACACAGUGCGCGCUGUAUGCGAGUCCUUCCAUAUGUCAAAGGAUGCAGGAUUCAAGGUGGUUGCACAUAUGAUGCCAGAUCUGCCAAAUAUGGGCCUGGAGAGAGAUAUAGACCAGUUCAUUGAAUUUUUUGAGAACCCAGCUUUUCGGCCUGAUGGUUUAAAGAUCUACCCAACUCUUGUGAUACGUGGAACAGGGCUGUAUGAAUUAUGGAAGACUGGAAGAUACAAGAGUUAUCCUCCUUCAACAUUGAUAGAUCUUAUAGCAAGAAUUCUUGCAUUGGUGCCCCCAUGGACAAGGGUAUAUAGAGUGCAAAGAGAUAUCCCUAUGCCAUUAGUGAGUUCAGGUGUAGAACAUGGGAAUCUGCGCGAGCUGGCUCUCGCGAGAAUGAAAGAUCUGGGAACUCAGUGCCGAGAUGUUAGAACUAGGGAAGUUGGCAUUCAGGAAAUACACCAUAAAGUCAAACCAUAUGAGGCAGAGCUGAUUCGUCGAGAUUAUGUUGCUAAUGGAGGCUGGGAAACAUUCUUGUCAUACGAGGAUCCUGAACAAGACAUUCUGAUUGGUUUGUUGCGUCUCAGAAAGUGUUCAGAGGAUACCUUCAGACCUGAACUGAAAGGAGGUGUGUCCAUUGUCCGAGAGUUACACGUGUACGGAAGCGUGGUCCCUGUACACGCACGAGAUCCUACAAAAUUUCAACAUCAGGGUUUUGGGAUGUUGUUGAUGGAGGAAGCAGAAAGAAUAGCAUUAGAGGAACAUGGCUCACAUAAAAUUGCUGUAAUCUCUGGUGUUGGUACCAGAAAUUAUUACAGAAAGAUUGGAUAUGAACUAGAUGGACCAUACAUGUCAAAAUCUCUUGUAUCACCUGACAGUUUGCAGACUUGAAAAAUAACAUGGCCACAGAUAAAAUUUAACUAAAAUUUUGGAAACACAUCAGCUGUUGUAAACAAACUAUAUACAGGAUACACCGUUCCUGAAAAUGAAAUGCUGUCGGGUCAAGAAAGUGUCAUGUGAUAAAUUUGCCUUGGUGACAUAUUUCACUGUCAGUCUUGUGGCCAGAUGUAGAUCUAAGUGAUAGGCAAUGAACAGAUUUGCAGAUAAACUUUUGUUAUUAAAGUGCUGAUUCCAGUAAAAUCAUGAAUAUAACACCUAGUUUAAGUUUCAGACUUAUUUAUGUAAUGUUAGUGAAGUCUCUUCAGCAUUGGAUGGUAGAGAAGUGCUUGAAUGUGUUAUCAAUGUCUGGUAAUAUCAGACAUGCCUGGUUUUUUCAAAAGUUGCCUGUGCUUCAAUUUAUUUGCACAUGGAUAUACGGAACCACAUCUUUUGGGGCAAGUUCACAUCGAAGCUCUAAAGAAGUGUAGGCUGUUGUGUAAAUGGUAUUUGCUCCCACCAGUAAAGUAGCCGACCAAUCAAAAAUUGGGCCCUGGAAAUAUCUAAAACUGUUUUUCCCCGGCACACUGAGCGCUGUGAUGAAAAGCAAGGAACCAGUAAACCCUGCCUCGCCAUGGUGUUUGCAGAGUUCAGCUCUUCAACAGGGAAGGUACGAUUGGUGUACUAAUUUAUACCGUUCAAGUGGGUUAUCGAGUAUAGAGUCGGUCUCUACUCUGCCCUAGAGCUUCCUUGUGAACUUUUCCUUGGUUUCUGUGUACUGGUUCCAGUUUCAGCAGACGAUGAAAUUACGUCUGAAUGCAGAAUGUGUUUCGUAUCUUCAGAGCUCUUUUACUAAAUAUAGGCAUUACCAAGUCAGCCAAACAUUAUCCUCUGUAUACUAACAGCAUGUUUGUAUCCAUGCACCAUUAGUAUAUUUGCAUUUUGACAUCUCAGCUGAACACCUUCAAGGCAAAAGGUUGUUCAUAAAUUUGUUGUUUAUUUCCGUUUAAAUGCAGCUGUCAUACACAGUAUUUUCAAAGUGCAAACAAGCCCCUUUUUCCUGGCUGCUGUUACUUGUCCAACAUUGAAAAUAUCGUAUGUAAGUAAACACAGCAAUAUUCAGUUAUCAUCGUCAUUUUAGCAGUACUCUAGGGAUUCAGUGUAAACUGGUAGUAAACAUGUGUGUAUUUUAGAACCCUUUUUCCUUGUUCAUUAUGAUUCCUGGUAUAAAUAUAUUCUCCAACAAUAAAAGUUUUAAUAUACUUGCA